GAUCCAUUUUGCAUCGAUAAGCUCCGCCCCCCUUAGUUUCGUCAUAGCGACGCUUCCGGGUCGGACAUUCUAAAGUAAACAUGGCGGGCGAAAUAAACUUAACAUCAAUCCCUUCGGACAUUUCUCUCGAUUAUUUCAAGAAUACAUCAAUUUCCAAGAGAGCGAAAGAAAGAGGUUAUAAUUAUUUCAUGAAUAGUUAUGUACAUGCGUUAAAAUUGUACAAGUCCAGUGAUGAAUCAAUAGAUAUCGCCGCCAAAUGUUUUCGAUCUAUGCGUAAAAGUAAAGCUCCCCACAAAAUAAACAUGACAAUUACGAUCACAACUUCAAGUAUCACAGAGAGUCAUUGCUCAUGCAAAGCUGGAGUAAGCGGUACUUGUUCCCAUUCAAUUGGUAUGCUAUACACUUUAAUUCACUACAAAAAUCUUGGCAUGACUGAAGUUCCUUCAGUAUUUGCCUGCACUAGUAUGCCACAGCAGUGGCAUAAACCACGGGGGUCCAAAAUCAGCCCAGAACCACUUUCUGCAAUGGUGUUUUCUAAACCUAAACAGACCCCAAGAAAAAAGAGGCCUAUCCAUAGCAUUAUGCCAAAGAUGAGAAUACCAGAUAUUGGUGCUAUGGAGGUGAAAAAGCUAAAGACAGAUUCCGCAGCUGUGGGAACACCACUAUCCUACCUCCUUCACGAGGAGGUUCAGCUGAUUGAGACAACACUAGGUGGUGUACAGAUGGGGUCAAUGCUUCCAUAUCAGGUAUAA